UUUUAUCUUUAGAACCAACAUGGAGUGGACUGAACAACAUGACAAUAUUCUUUGCCAGGAGAUUCUCGUUCUUGAACCGUUCAAGGCAAAAAAAGGAAGCAUUGCAGGGGGCCAAAUUUGGGGUGAAAUAGCGAACAAUCUGAACAGCCUUCAACAUCCCCAGUUCAGAGUGAUGAAGCGAUCUGUCAGAGAACGAUAUACGCUUUUUAGCGGCAAAUUUAGAGCAAAGAUGCGAGAUGAAGAAAAGGCAAGUGGAAUAGAUACAGAUUUGAGUGACGUUGAAAAAGCACUUGAGGAGAAAGUAGAAAAAGAAGCUGUGGUUGAAGAAACAGCGCAAAAUAACAUAAAGAAAGUCGAUAGUGCCAAAGCAGCGGAAAUGAUAUACAGAGCUCUAGAGAACCUUGACGGGACACAGAAAAGACAAAGGAAAAAUGAGGUAGAGAAUGAAACAGCAACAAGAACAAAUGCAAAAUUUUCAGAAGAUAAUUAA